GCAAUGCGGUGUUACAUUGCUUUAAUUUUAAUAUUUUCAUACGUUCAGGCCAGUGUUAAACCACGAUCUGCUGUAUUUGGUGCGUUGCAGACACCAGUGCCGCAAUGUGUAAAUACACGUUACCGGUUUGUUGGUGUGUAUGAUCCUGGUAAUGGAAUCUAUUGGCGUGCUCGUAGAAGGUCGUUCCUAGAUGAUGCAUCGGCGUGGCUAGGAGACUUAGUAGACACAGUCCGCUAUAGGGACUCCGGCACCUCGUUAAACAUAUGCCCUAGGGGUUACUUGUACCGUAUAUACAUAUUGGACAAGGUGAACGCAAUAAAGAAUGCCGUUAAGCGUGGUAUCAUCUCGAUAUCACUGGAUAACAACAAGGUGAAUGUUACCCGAAACGGCUUCCUAAGGAAGUUUAUGAACAACUGCUACUGAGUGUCA